AUGCCUUGUUCUCCUAGCGCUGAACCAAGCAACCCUAACAGAGAAGAUCCUAUUGUUGACUCUGUGAAUACCCCACAUGCAAGAAGACCUAAAGAAACUGUAUCAGGCUUCUCCUCAUCUAUUGUUCUUGAGGAACGAACCAAAGAAGGUUCCAGGUAUGUUCACAAUGCCAUUGCCACUAUAGUGACUAGAAUACUGUCUGGAAAUCGUGAGGUCCCUGGGGUUUCCAUUCCCUUAAACACUAUUGAACCUGAUAGUGUUGCUGAUCAAGAAAAUACUGAGUCUUUAGGAAAGAAUAUCUCUGAUGAUGUUGAGCAAACUGAUGCCCAUAAGGAGUCAAAUGUUGACAAACCCUUAGAUAAUGUGGCUGGUGAGGAAGUUCAUGUCACUCAUGAUGUCAGUGACAACCCUAACUGUGAGGCUGAAACAGUAGACCUGGAGGGAUUUUCUGAUAAUGAGCUGUUGUCCUUUGUCCUCCCUAGCAUAGCCAAAAGGGUUAGGACUAGGAGAGAAAAGAAAACUGUGGCUCAAAGGUCCCCCAGAAAGAAGAUUGAUGUUCCAACCUCUUCCAAGACAACGGUGGCAGUCGAGAGUUCCCUCAAGAGGAAAGUUCAUGUCCAACCAAAUCUUGGAGCAAAGUGGUGGAAAUAUGUUUAUCAGAAGAGGCUGGCUUUGGAAAGGGAAUUAGCUCAGAAUGUCCUAGACUGUAAGGAUAUUAUGGAUCUUAUUCAAGAGGCUGGUUUAAUGGAGACUGUGACUCAGUUUUCAAAGUGCUAUGAGAUGUUGGUAAAGGAAUUUAUUGUUAAUUUGUCUGAAGAAUAUGCUGAUGGCAAGUCUAAGGAAUUCAGGAAAGUGUAUGUGAGAGGCAAGUGUGUAAAUUUCUCUCCUUCAGUGAUCAACAAGUAUUUGGGAAGGCCUGAUGAAGCUCAACCUGAGCUUGAGUUUCCAAACAUCUUAACUGAGAAUGAUUCUGUGAAGAAAAGAGACAGCCCUAUGUCUUUCAAUCAUAAGCUGUUCCUAGGUACCCAUGUCUCUGACAUUGUCAUGACAUCAGGUGAGACAUCACGUGUAAGCAAUCAGCCAGGUGAUGUGCUAGUUGAUGGUGGAGAAUUUGGUGAAGUUGUUGCUGUUGUAGAAGAAGCUGAAAGACAAGGUGAAGAGGGAGAAGCAGAUGCCAGUCCUGAUGAUGGCACAGAUGAUGAUGCUGACUCUGAGUCAGAUGACUAG